AUGGCUGAACUGGAUCUGAUUGCCCCAGGGCCACUGACUGGGAUCACCGUUCGUCCUUCGGCUCCUCUGGACCCAGAACCUGGGCCAGCUAUCCCAGUAGAAGAAGAGGAUGUGGACUCUGUGGGGAAGCCAGGAGAGGAAACCCAGGGCCAGGGCUGCGAUCCCGCAGAAGUCGGGGCUCCUGGUGAUGAGGGGGAGGAGGAGAUCCUGUGUGACUUCUGUCUUGGGGCCAGCAGAGUAAGGGCAGUGAAGUCUUGUCUGACCUGCAUGGUGAAUUACUGUGAAGAGCACCUGCGACCACACCAGGAGAACAGCAAACUGCACAGCCACCAGCUGACAGAACCGGCAAAGGACCAGGAUCUGCGGACCUGCCCUGCCCACCACAGCCCUCUGGUUGCCUUCUGUCACACACACCAGCAAUGCAUCUGCCAGGCCUGUGGCGAGGGCGAGCACAGGGGCCACAACACCGGCUCCCUAGACGCAGCCCGUAGGAACAAAGAGGCUGACCUUCGGUGCAUGCAGUUGGACCUGGAGCAGAAGCUCAAGCUGAAUGAAAAUGCCAUUGCCAGGCUCCAAGCCAACCACAAGUCUGUUUUGGUGUCGGUGUCAGAGGUGAAGGUGGUGGCUGAAGAGAAGUUUGGGGAACUCCUUGCGGCUAUGAGGAAGGCCCAGGCUGACGUCAUGCUUUUCUUAGAGGAGAAAGAACAGGCUGCACUGAAUCAGGUCAAUGGCAUCAAGACCCACCUGGAGUACAGAAGCAUCGAGAUGGAGAAAAGCAAGCAGGAGCUGGAGAAGUUAGCCGCCAUCAGCAACACUGUGCUCUUCCUGGAGGAGUACUGCAAGUUUAAGAAGACAGAAGAUUCUGCCUUCCCCAGUGUUUACAUAGGGCUGAAGGAUAAACUCUCAGGCAUCCGCAAGGUCAUCACAGACUCAACCCUGCACUUAAUCCAGUUGCUAGAGGGCUAUAAGGAAAAGCUCCAGGAGUUUGCCAAGGAAGAGGAAUAUGACAUCAGAACUCAAGUGUCUGCCAUUGUCCAGCGCAAGUAUAGGAUCUCAAAACCUGAUCCCAGAACCCGGGAUGAGUUUCUCCAAUAUGCAUGCGACAUCACAUUUGACCCAGACACUGCACAUAGGUACCUUCGCCUGCAGGAGGACAACCGCAAGGUCACCAACACCACACCCUGGGAGCACCCCUACCCUGACCUCCCCAGCAGAUUUUUGCACUGGCGGCAGGUGCUGUCACAACAGAGUCUGUACCUGAACAGGUAUUAUUUUGAGGUGGAGAUCAAUGGAGGAGGCACCUACGUUGGCUUGACUUGCAAAGGCAUUGACCGUAAAGGGGAGGAACGAAAUAGCUGCAUUUCUGGAAACAACUUCUCCUGGAGCAUUCACUGGAAUGGAAAGGAAUUCACAGCCUGGCACAGUGACACAGAAACCCCACUCAAGGCUGGCCCUUUCCGGAGGCUCGGGGUUUAUGUUAACUUCCCAGGAGGAACCCUGUCCUUCUAUGGUGUAGAGUAUGACACCAUGACUCUGAUUCAGAAGUUUGACUGCAAGUUCUCAGAGCCAGUCUAUGCUGCCUUCUGGCUGUCUAAGAAAGAAAACUCCAUCCGGAUUGUGGAUCUGGGAGAGGAGCCUGAGAAGCCUGCUCCGUCCACAGCAGAGGCUGCACCCUAGAUUCUAGGCUCUGCCUCCCAGACUUUGCUAAUUGUGAUGACUGGGCUGCAGCUGGUAUUUUAAGAUAGACAGAAAUGUCUGCUGGGGGCAGUUGGUUCUGGAAACUGUCUGAGUCCCGAACAAACUUUCUUGCCUGCUUCUCAUUACAGUUUUUGCAUGAAUGCAGAAACUCUAAGACACCAAAGCCUCUCCCGAAAUCUAGUGAUGAGUCUGCUCAGGUGACUGCUACCCUUCAUCCAGAGCUUAUGACUAGGGCUCUUCAGAGCACAACAGGACCGCAUAGGGAUAAUAAUAAAUCACAAACAUAUUGCUGUGCAUUUCUUACACA